GUCAAAAAGAAAGAACUGUGGGAGUCGAAGAGAGAGGUUAAGAGAGAAAUGAUAGCGGUGGUUAAAUGGAGUGGACGGAAAUGAAUGGCAAAAGAGAGUAAAGGUAUCAUCAUCGGUACAGAAAGGGCAUAUCGAUCCUCUCGUCUCUCGUUUUCUCUAUCGUCAGUCCCUAGCGCAGUGGGAGCUCAAGCUACACAAGCUGCCGAGAGAGAGAGAGAGAGAGAGCGCAGCUGCGUUGCAAAGGGGUCAAUUCUUAAUCGAACCAGUUCUUCUUCAUUGGUGAUGCAUAUAGAUAGUGUGGUUUUCUUGUCCCGAUGUCAAACGAAGGCAACCAUGUCUCUCUGUCUUCCGCUGAUUGUGCUUUUGGGAAGCUUCCAGAUCAUCUGCUUGUAGAAAUUUUUAUUUGCGUCCCUAUAUCUGACUGGGGACAUCUGUCUUGUGUUAAGAAACAUUGGGCUCAUCUGUUUCGGCAAGAGUUCUUGUGGAAUGCUGCUCUUCUCAGAACUUUUCCUCUAGCUCGCCACGUUAAGAGAUGGCCAGGGCCUAUUCCUCAAGGCUUGAGCAAAAGGAGAUAUGCUGCACUGUAUAUCAGCAAACAUAUCUUUUCUCUGGGUGAAGAAGUGGACGACGAGAUUGUUGGUCAUGUCUAUUUAUUUCUCAAAGAGCAGCUUGAAAUUUCGAAAAUGCCACCUUUGUCUGGAGUACUUCAUGGAACCAUCAUAGAUCAGUUUAUUGCCUGUGGUAAGUCGAGGGACAUGGCUCAUGAGCUUGCUUCAAUAAUAUGGCUGGCUGUGAUCGACAACUUGGAAGAGAAUGAGCAAACAUUUGAUUUACUAAAGCGUCUUGCAUCAGAAGGGGAUGUGAUCCUACCUUUCCCGUACUCAAGGUCUUAUAAAAUCCAAUCUCGAGUGUUUGAAAGGCUUUUCACAGACUUCCGUGACUGCCUGAAUCAUGUGGAGUACUGCGAUCUUUUGGCAUGUGCCAAGCAAAAGUUUCAACCUAUACCAUCUGCAUGGUUGGGUUACUAGCUUUGCAGCAUACACUUAUAAGUGUGUACAGAAUGCAAGUCUACUGCACACAAAUAAUAAAAGAAAAAGAAAAAGGGUCCUCCCUGGACAUGCUUAAGACUAAUUGCAGAUAGUGCAAGCGUCUAUUGUGUUCCUGAUUCGUAAUAUGUAAUCUUGCAAGACAUGUAAAUAGAACAUGAUGGAGUGACAAGACUAUGAAUUCUAAAUGCAUAUUGUAAAGGUUUAUGUUUGAAAUAAAUGUGCUUUCAACC